AUUACCCAAAACAGUGGAGGGUAUGUUGCCCAACAUUUUAAGUGUGUGUGUAUUCUCUUCGUUUUUACUUGCGCAGAUUAAUUAUAGUAAUGAUUAUCACGAAGAUGUAUAUUCGGAAUCAAGGAAGUGUUUUCCCGCCUAAGUGACACUCAUCUGGUCCAUGAUCUUUGUACCAUAAAGCUGUCUUUUUAAUAUAUACAGAAGGUCUACGUGCUUGAACAGUGCAGGUACACACGACACGACACAAAGAACAAGGAUUGCACUAUAUAGACAAGCUAGUGAAUUGGUUGUCGUUUUUUAGUGUGGAGUGAAUCAGAAGAUAUAUGCUUCCAAUAUGGCGUGGGUUCUUCAACUAGCUCUCAUAUCCGCAUACGUAUCGGCAGCAUGGAGUGCGAAUAUUUUCAUAUCCGUAACGUAUGGUGAGGGUAGCCAUUAUCUAUCUUCCACUUCAUUUGGAGCUGAGCUGGUAAGACGAGGACACAAUGUAACAUAUCUCAUCAGUAAUGCGUACGAGAAUCGGGCUCUCCACCCAGAGCAUUCUCAACUUUUUCAUUACGAGAUCUUCAACCAUUCAGUGCCUCUUGACAAAGUGUACAAACGGACGAGUGAGAUAGCCGCCCAUGCCUUCAACACCGACUUCAACAUGGACAUGAUCUUCAACCUUCACAAAUGGUUGAACCCUCUUGCCAAAGACUGUCGGGCGGCACUUAGCGACCGGGCUCUCAUGGAGAGAUUACGUAACGCCAACUUUGAUUACACGAUCCUGGACCUGACCUGGAGCUGCAGUGUGCUCCUAGCCGCGUACUUGGAGACACCUAUCGUUCUCUACAACCCGCUGGCAUCACAGUACGACGUCUUUCGUGAUAUUGCAGGAACUCCCUUCAUACCUGCAGUGGUUCCAGAAGGCGUCUUUGGCACCCCUCAGAGGAUGAACUUCAGACAAAGGGUCAUCAGUUUUCUCGGAUCGUUAUUAUUUCAACAGCUGCAAUUUAAAAUGUUUGUUGAGCUUUACAGCCCUCUUCGCCAUGAGUUUGGAAUUCUUGAAGAACAAACCAUAACGGAAUAUGUCGUGAAAAACACAGAUUUGAUACUGACUGCCAGUGACCCAGUUAUUGAUUUGAUUCAUCCUUUACCUCCCAAUGUUAUUGAAGUGGGUGGACUACUAACAAGAGCCGCCAAACCACUUGAAAAGGAGCUUGAUGACUUCAUGAAUAGCUCUGGUGAUGAUGGGGUAAUCAUCCUAUCCCUUGGUACAUACGUCAAGGUGAUGCCUCAGCGACUCAACGAUGUCUUCGCCUCUGUCUUCGCCAACCUACCUCAGAAAGUCAUCUGGCAGCUACCCGACAAUUCACCAACAACUCUGAGCCAAAACAUCAAAACAAUGGGGUGGUUGCCGCAGAAUGAUCUUCUUGGUCAUCCUCGGACGAAACUAUUCAUCUACCAAGGAGGUAACAACGGUCUUUACGAAGCUCUAUAUCAUGGCGUACCUACUUUGGUACUUCCUGUCUUUGCUGAUCAGUUGUGCGUUGCGUCAAGGGUCACGGAGAAAGGAAUGGGCUCAUCCUUGGACAUUCAUACUCUCAGCGCAGAAAAUCUGGACAAGGCGAUUAGAAUGAUAUUAAGCAAUAAUACGUACGCCGAAACCGCCAAACGACUCUCUGCAAUAUACCGCGAUCGCCCUGAAACACCUGCUGAACGCGCUGCAUUCUGGGUAGAACACGUCAUCAAAUUUGGCGGGAAAUACAUGGAAUCGCCUGCUAAACGCCUCAAUUUCAUCCAACUUUCUCUCCUAGAUGUGAUUGCAUUUUUAAUUUUCUGCCUUGUCGUAGUAUUAGCUAUCAUUUUCUUUUCUUGCCGUUGCAUAUUCAGAUGUUGCUUUGCCAUGUGCAAAGACAACAGUAAAAAGAAGAAAGAUUGAUUAUUAAUAUUUCAAGUUUAUUUAAAGAAUGAUAUUCUCAGUUAUCUGAAAUAAAUCGAAACCAAAUGAAUAAUAUUUAAUAGAAAUUGUUUCUUUGUAGUUAGUUACGAUUGUUGACUCAUGACUCUGCCAAAGUGGAAUCGGAUUAUCAGACCACAUCUCGACUUGGGAUAAAUUCGAUUUUCAGUAGACGCACAUGAUUUUGGUGAAAAUCUUUUCGACUUGGCAAAUAUACGUGUACGGAAGUCGACUUGUGCUAAUCAGUAGUGCAAUCCAAUCCGACAUCACACAUGUCAUAAUUCGCUUGAAAAAUGAAAUGGCAUGAACAAUAAAUGUCCUUGAAAAGGCCAAAUCAUCCCGUUCUUUAUAGCAUCUCGACAAAAUGCUUCUUGGGCCUCAUUAUUCAUAAGAACGCUUUAGAGACAGUGGUCCUUCUUUGGUACAAGGAAAGACAGCAAGGGAAAGACAGCACGUGGGGAUGCAAGCGCUUGACAUUCCUCUCUUGGCUUAAUGAUGCUACUGGCACACGGGCCCAUUGACAUCAGUGGCGAACAGCCCCCCCCCCCCCCCCCCGAUUUUUCACGACGAAGAAAAAAAAGGAAAGAGAAUAUAUUUAAUAUUGUAUCAAAAUCUAUCACAAUGUCAAAAUUUUGCUCGCUCCCUUCACUCGCUUGCAACUUUUUUUUUUAAUAAAUUUUGUUUGAUACGCCAUAUCUGGCAGCCCAUACGCCGUUGCCAAGACAGAUAACACAUGUUGAUAGACUACGUCAGAUUCUGACAUGCCACUUUAAUGGAACAAAUGGACGAUCAAUAGAACCAUUUAGUAAUUUUUUGCUAUUUGGCAUUUUCGGAUUUUGAAUUAUUUUAAUGAUGUAUCUUAAUAAAGACGAACAAGCGCGUUGGCUGAUGAGAUAUGACAAUAAGGGAGGACAAUCUAGGUCGGUAUAAUACUUGACAAACUGUCACCUGAGUUUCGUUAGGUUUAUAACUGGUUUGCAUCCCAGUUUGGCUACACUCGAAAAUAAUGUGCAGUGAUUUAACAUAAAUCUAGAUCAGGCUGACAUAUGAAUAGUAACCAGCUGAACAUUUGAUUUAUUUUUAAUCUGAAGUCUCAAAAGAAGCCGCUUGGUCUUGUUUGGUUCUAAACCCUUUUGUGUUUGACCUUUGACAUGUUUGAUAUUUGUAUAUUUUGGUAAUAAGAUUAUUACGUAAUGCAAGGAGUGCAUAAUUAUAAAAAAUGAUGAAUAUGGUUAUAAAUCUUUAUUUCAAUAAAAGGCAAUUUUUCAUGUUUUUUAUUUCUAUCAUAA